CGCACAGCGCGGUGCAGCAGAGUAGAGAUAAAAGCGCUCUCUCUUAGCUCUCCUGCAGGUCGAAUGGGCAGUGGCCAUGGAUUCUUCUACAAGGCGACGGGCUGACUCUUUGCAUCACAAGCAGGGCGCCCAACAGGGCUCUCCGCAGGACCGGUGCAGGGUAACCUGUGCGUUGCAGCGCAACACGUUUUUGCCGGGGGAGCACGUUCGCGGCACAAUCAAGUUUGGCGUUUCGUCCGAGGAUCAAGACGGCGUGGACAUCGAGGAGGCGACGGUGCAAGCGCACGGCUACGUGAAGGUUGACCCGAGAUGGAUCGCGCUUCCCACCUCCCUUCGUAGACUCUUUCGCCAGGAAGAAGGUAGUGGUGGAGGUGCUUCUGCUGCUGACGGCGACAGAAAACCGGUGGAUCAGGCUUUUCCGAUCCCAAGGUACAGCGGUCUCACGGACGACCGAUCUGCGUGCGUCUUUGCCUCGGAGGUCGCCGUCCUCCUUAAGCAGGAGAGGGUGGACGGCGGCAGGCACCCGACCUCCUUCCGGUUCAGCUUCGUGCUUCCCGAGAAUCUCACGCCCACGUUCCGGGGCGUCGGAGUCCGGUACGCGUACGCGGUCACCGUGCGCGUCCGGCGAUCGCUCCCGCCCCCGCCGGCGGCUGGCCGCCUCCUCGGCUUGGUGCGAAGAAGACCCGCCGCGGGGUCCUCGGCCUCCGCCGGGUUUUCCACGACGGACGUCCACGUGUCGUUUACGGGCACCGCGGACGGGAUUGGCGACGGGGUUAGUUGGGGGAGGGUGGCGUUCACUGAGCUGGAAGCGGAGCGGCAAUCUGGGGAUGCGUUCGAGAUGGAGGCGGACAGGGCGAAGGGGGGCGGGCUUGUGUCGGGGACCCGAGCAGUCACCUGGAACAUGCAGGUGGGUGUAGGGCACGUGAGCCUCUGUGUAGUUUUGGCGCGCCGUCGUGGCAUGUGCUGUGAAGAGGGGCGCAGGAGGUUACGCCUCGUCGCAAGAGGGGUGUAG